AUGAACAAGUACUUCCCAGGAAUCGGCCGCAUCGAGUACCGGCCCGAUGCCGGUCCCGAGGACACCAUGGUGUUCCGGCACUACAACCCCAGCGAGACCGUCCACGGCCGCACCAUGGAGGAGUGGAUGAAGUUCUCCGUCUGCUACUUCAAUACCUUCAGGUACCUGGGCUCCGACGACUUCUACGGCGACCGCACGCACCAGAGGUCCUGGGAAGACGCCUCGCGCUCCCUCGACAACUACAAGCGGCGCAUGCUGGCGAACUUCGAGUUCCUGCAGAAGCUCAACGUGAAGUACUACUCGCUGAGCGACCGCGACAUGGCACCGGAAGGCGACAGCUUCGACGAGACCAACCGCUACCUGGACGAGAUGGUGACCCUCGCGGCUGACUUGCAGAAGCAGACCGGGAUCAAGCCUCUGUACUACAGCGCUGACCUGUUUUCUCACCCUCGCUACAUGAACGGCGCUGGCUCCAACCCCGACGCCCACGUGUUCGCGUACGCCUGCGCCCAGGUCAAGCGCAGCAUGGACGCCGCCAAGCGCUUGAACGCCGAGAACUUCGUGUUCUUCAACCCCCGCGACGGCUACCAGAGCGUCCUGCAACGUCAGUUCUUCCGCGACAUGUCCCACAUGGCGCAGCUGUACCGCAUGGCGGCGCAGUACAGGGAGAAGAUCGGCUUCAAGGGCCAGCUGUUGAUCCAGCCUAAGCCAGCCGACCCUCGCCGUCACCAGUACGAGUCCGACGCCAUGUCCACCAUGCACAUGCUGCGCCACUUCGGCCUCGACAAGCACUACAAGCUGUACAUCAAGCCCGCCUUCUCUCGCCUCACCAGCCGCCCCUACGAGCACGACGUCUACAUGGCCGCCGCUUACAACAUGCUCGGCUGCCUCGACGCCUCCGACAGCUGGCCAGAGUUCAACGCGACGUCAGACAUCUGCGCACAGGACAUGCGGGACGCGACGCUCGUCAUGAAGUGCGUGCUCGAGCAGGGCGGCCUGCAGCAGGGCGGCUUCACCCUGGGCGGCCGCGUCCGCCGCGAGUCCACCGAGCCCAAAGACCUGUUCCACGGGCACAUCAUGGCCAUGGACACCUUCGCCCGCGCCCUCAGGAACGCCGCUCGCAUGAUCUCCGACGGAUCUUUCAGCAAAAGCGUCCAGCAGCGAUAUGCUUCCUACAAGUCCGGCCUCGGCGAGCGCGUCGAGAAGGGCAGCAUCACCUUUGACGAGUGCGAGGACUACGUCCGCAAGUCAGGCGAGCCUCAGCCUCAGUCCAGCCGCUACGAGCACUACCAGAACAUGCUCAAUUAUUACGUGUACCCACCGCGCCAGUGA